CCAACACUUCACAAGUUUACAAAUAGUUGAUUUGGUCUCCAACCAUUUCUCUGGUUAGUUGCAUUCAGAAUGGUUUGAGAAUUUGAGAGCAAUGAUGAAUAACUGCAACGAUGUGGGGCAAAUAUUAAAGCAUCAUACAAAUUCAACAUGUAAAUCAGCAAUCAAUCAAGAUUCAGUCUAUCAAGAUAGUGUCAGUAUCACAUACAAAGAUAGCUCUUUAAUUGUCACCAAAAUUCAAACUGCUUUCAAAGUAAUUGAUUUCUCAAACAACUCAUUUGAGGGUUCCAUCCCGGGUUCAAUUGGAGGGCUUGUUUCACUACACGAACUUAACAUGUCGCACAAUAACUUCACAGGACAAAUUCCAUCACAACUCGGUAAUUUAACGAGGCUGGAAUCAAUCGAUCUCUCUUGCAACUGUCUCUCGGGAGAAAUUCCACCGGAGUUUACCUCUCUAACUUCUCUUUCCUGGCUGAACCUUUCCCACAACAACUUGACAGGAACAAUACCACAGGGAAACCAAUUCUUGACAUUUCCUAGCAGCUCGUUUGAAGGCAAUGCUGGCCUAUGUGGAAUUCAGCUUUCUAAGCAAUUUGACAAUCCAGGUCCAGAUUCAACCACCCGAAGCACAUCGGCUCCAGAACCCAAUACUUUGUGGCAUGACAGAUUUGAUGCCAUUAUUUUCUUCCUCUUUGCUGGCUUGGGUUUUGGCAUGGGUUUUGCAUUGGCAAUUAUAUUCAGAUCCUUUUACCACAUAGAAGGAUGGCUUUGCAUGCAUAUGUAUUAGUAAUGACAGAACAGAGAACCUGCAGGGUUUACAGGUACAAAUUGAAUGCACACCACACGGGGUCCAACUCCACGCAAGACCGUUGGCACCUACGCGUUGAUGAAGGGCGCGCCGGAGAUGUACUCGGUGACGGCGAGCGCCACGAGCCCGAGCAUGGCGAAGCGGCCGUUCCAGAGCUCGGCGUCGGCGCUCAUGACGCCGCCGCUGCG